ACGAUGGACUACAUGAAAGUCACGGGAAAGCCGCGCGAGGUAGCGAGAUACUCUCUUGUCGAAGUGGAUAGCGAUACUGGCAUUUCGGAUGAAACUUAUUGCUACGGAACCGAAUCUGGAAUACCUGGGUCGUCCUGGGAAGCUUGAUCGCAUUCCCUGCGUUUGGGGGAACCUUCUUCGCGCCGUAACUCACUCCAAAAAUGACAUGGAAAAGAUCUUCGAGAACGAGGGAGCGAGGAAAUUCGCAUAUCGCGUUCACGAUGCCGGCAACCAUUUGUUUCUUGUUCUCGAUCAUCAGUCCAGUCCGGUGCUCCUUCGAAGGGUUGCAUUUGACAAUUCAGUAAAUCUGGAGUUAGAGGGAAAAGAGCCAGAUCCAGAAAGCGACACAGCCUCUUACAAAUACUCAAAUCUAUUACAGGAAUCUCUGCGCCAGAAGGAACUCUAUGGAUGGAUUAUUUACGAGGAAUUGAUUUCACGUUGCCCCGGAUUUGUCAAACCAUACGCGCUUGUUCCCUGUCUUGCGAGAGAUCAGUUAGAAUGGGUAUAGACCCUGCUCAGGUAUUUGGUUCUAGAAUACACCCCCUAUUCAAAAUGAAUAUCGAAAUGUAGUGUUAAGAGUAAGAUCCUCAACGAGAGUGGGAUGCAGCUCUACGUGUCGAGGACUCUAGAGGGUUGGUUUUCGCGGAUGGAGCAGCAGCGGUAUGAAGAAGAGGUUUUCUCAAUAGUUAAUAUAUUGUACUCGUAACUUAGGUUGAACACAUCGAGCCAUUAGGGCUCAAUGCCUAAUGCUAUAUACUAGGGAGUGUGACUUGCUCAUUACUGAGCACUCUAGUGCUCAAUACUGAGCGUCGCUGAUUGGUAGUCUUCUUCCUUGUGAUUGGCUACCGGUGCUCAGUACUGAGCACUGUGGGUCCUGCU